GCGGCGCUGGCCGGGGAGGCCGGCGCGUAGCCCAGCGGCGCGCGGGGACCGGCCGCGGCGGGCCCGGCCCCGGCCCAGCCCAGCAGCCCAGCGCGGGCGGGCGGCGGCUCCGCGAUGUCGGUGGCGGGGCUGAAGAAGCAGUUCCACAAAGCCAGCCAGCUGUUCAGUGAGAAGAUAACCGGCAUCGAAGGAACCAAACUAGAUGAUGAAUUUCUUGACAUGGAAAGGAAAAUAGAUGUCACCAAUAAAGCUGUCACAGAACUGAUUUCAAAAGCCACAGAAUAUCUCCAGCCAAAUCCAGCUUACAGAGCAAAGCUGGGUAUGCUCAGCACCGUGUCGAAGUUCCGAGGCCAGGUGAAGAGCACCGGCUACCCGCAGACCGAGGGGCUCCUGGGCGACUGUAUGCUCAAAUAUGGCCACGAGCUCGGGGACGACUCCUCCUUUGGCAACGCCUUGAUAGAUGUUGGGGAAUCUCUGAAGCUCAUGGCUGAUGUGAAGGACUCUCUAGAUAUCACCGUAAAGCAAACGUUUAUUGAUCCACUUCAGUUACUGCAGGACAAAGAUUUAAAAGAGAUUGGGCACCACCUGAGAAAGCUGGAAGGCCGCCGCCUGGAUUAUGAUUAUAAAAAGAAGCGGGUAGGUAAGAUACCAGAUGAAGAAAUCAGACAAGCGGUAGAAAAAUUUGAAGAGUCAAAGGAGUUGGCCGAAAGAAGCAUGUUUAAUUUUUUAGAAAACGAUGUAGAACAAGUCAGCCAGCUGGCCGUGUUCAUCGAGGCCGCACUCGACUACCAUAGGCAGACGUCCGAGGUGCUGCAGGAGCUCCAGGACAAGCUGCAGCUCCGGAUACUGGCCGCCUCGAAUGUGCCCCGUCGGGAGUACAAGCCCCAGCCCAUCAAGAGGACAUUGAGUGAGCUCAAUGGGCUUCCCAUGUCAUCCUCUACCAAGACCACAGGUUCGAGCGCUGCCCCGGACCAACCCUGCUGUCGGGGCCUCUAUGACUUCGAGCCCGAGAACCAAGGCGAGCUGGGCUUCAAGGAAGGGGAUGUGAUCACCCUGACCAGUCAGAUCGAUGAGAACUGGUAUGAGGGCGUCAUCCGAGGGGAGUCCGGCUUCUUCCCCAUUAACUAUGUGCAAGUGAUUGUGCCUUUACCUCAGUAAACAAACCUGUGACUCAGCCCACGCCUCCUGAUGCCGUGAGUCCCUUUGCUCUGUCCCCAUGCCUCUGCAUCCCUGCGCCCCUGCUCUCCGCCCGCCGUGACGUUUUGUAAGUGCUCUCUCUUUAUAACGGAUUUUGUAUCCACUUACUUUGUAUACAUGAUCUUCCUGUAAUAGCCACCUCAAAGUAGAGUUUUCUGUGUUCUGCUGGCUGUUCAGCACAUCCUCG